ACAAUAAUGAGCAAAAUAGGAAACUAGAGAGGUUGCCUUUUCUUUCAUGAUACUGCGUAUCUGUAUCCAUCUCUUGAAAUUAGAGAUAUUGUUGUGUGUUGCAAGAAUGAAGAUAUAUAGGAUAUAUCUCUAAAAAUGUCCCACUCGCACCCUCUGAUCGGCUUAUACGAGCUGUCUACAUGAUGGAUGGAGUUGGUCAGGGUUAUCAGUGACAGUAAUCUUAAGGACCAUGGUUGACGAAAUACUUAAUUGUGAUUUUAAUUUCUUAAAUGGAAAGACAUAGCUUGGUGACUUACGUGGAAGAUUACACGCAUAUGUGUGAAGCCAAACAACAAAUUAAAGUCAAACUCCCAAGAGAACAUAACAACAAAAGAGAUGGGAGGACAGACCAUUAAUUGCAAGAAACUGAUCAUAAUAAGUCAAAUAAGCACCUAAAAUUUCAAACUUUUCCAUUAUCAUCUCAAUCACUCUCACUGAAUGAUACAUAAUUAACAAAAUAUUAUUCGUUGCCCUUGUCCCCCUCCGAAAAUUCUCCUAUAUGUGCCCUCCUUUGUUUCCCCCACUCUAAUAAUCAUUACUCCUACGGCCUAAUUAAUCAAACACAAUUUUGGUAUAUUUCUUUAGCCGGCGGCCCAGAAAUGAUUCACAAACUGUUGUUGAUUUCGUUUUGCCUUCACCUCUUGUUGGUAUCAAACCUAUUUCAUCCCAGCUUCAGUUUAGAUUUAUACUCGGCAUGUAGUAACAAGUACCGAUGUGGGAGCAUCGGCGAUGUGGAUUUUCCUUUCUGGGGUGAUGGCAGGCCUGAAUAUUGUGGUCACCCUAAACUGAAGCUGGGUUGUCAGGGAAACAAUGCCAUUAUAGAGAUUGAAGGAAUCAAAUACCAGGUUCUAGAGAUUGAGAAGGAAACCCCAAUCAUUAAAAUCGCUCGAGUUGAUUUCCUGAACAAUGGGAUUUGUUCGCCACUAUAUGGGGACACCACUCUGGAUAAGGACAUCUUCGAAUACGCACCAGCCUCAGAAGCCAUCACAAUAUUCUACGGUUGUAAUUCUACUGACAACAUGUAUGGUGGGUUUGAUUGUAACCCUGGUGGGAAAUCGUUUAUAUUACCGGGAAAUAAUACUAUGGAAAAGAUUGAUGCUCAUUUCUCAUGUCGUUCGAAUGUUAUUGUGAGGGUGUCUGAUCCUGUACAAACUUAUGCUGAAUUUAUGAACUCUACGUUGAUUGAAGAGGCUCUGAAAGAAGGCUAUCCUGUUUCGUACAAGGUGGAGUUUGCUGGGUGUGAAAACUGUAGGAAAUCUGGUGGGGUUUGUGGAUACGACUGGGGAGUUAAUCGGACCACGUGUUACUGUCAAGGUGAUCUAUCUCCAGUGCUCAAGGACGUAUGUCCCAGCCCACCGGAAUCUGGAGACACAAAACUUGGAACACCGCCUAACUCAGGAUCGAAGGAGCAGACUCCAAAAGUUGUAGGCCUUUCAAUAGCUGGUGCAUGCAUCCUUGGGAUAUUUAUUGGAGGUUUUGCUUAUUACUUCAUACAAAGAAGGAAGAGACAAGGGGCUAUAACCAAGAGCAAAGACAUUUCCGAAACCCCAUCAAGCAAGAGCCUCAUAAAUUCCUCAACUAAUUUCUCUCGAAGCACCCCCACUGAUUCUUAUUCCUUCUCUAAAUCUGACAUUGAAAAGGGCAGUACGUACUUCGGAACUCAGGUCUUUAGUUACACUGAACUGGAGGAAGCCACUGAUAACUUUGACCCUUCCAAAGAACUUGGAGAAGGAGGCUUUGGCACUGUUUACUAUGGAAAGCUCGGUGAUGGCCGUGAGGUUGCGGUAAAGCGCCUUUAUGAAAACAAUUUCAAGCGUGUAGAGCAGUUCAUGAAUGAAGUUGAGAUCCUGACUCGUUUAGAACACAAGAACCUUGUGAAGUUGUACGGAUGCACUUCAAGACGAAGCAGAGAACUCCUCUUGGUUUACGAAUUUAUCCCAAAUGGUACAGUUGCUGAUCAUCUUCAUGGGAAACAAUCAACAUCUAGUGUGAUGAGUUGGCCAGUUCGGCUUAGCGUAGCCAUAGAGACAGCCGAUGCUCUAGCCUACCUCCAUCGCUCAGACAUUAUACACCGCGAUGUUAAAACCAACAACAUUCUCCUCGACAACGAAUUCCGAGUGAAAGUGGCCGAUUUUGGUCUCUCAAGAUUGUUCCCCACUGAUGUGACUCAUGUCUCAACUGCUCCACAAGGUACUCCUGGCUAUGUUGACCCUGAAUACUACCAAUGCUACCAACUAACAGACAAGAGUGAUGUCUAUAGCUUUGGAGUUGUGUUGGCUGAGCUUAUUUCAUCAUUACAAGCAGUGGAUACCAACCGACACAGGCAUGAUAUCAAUUUGGCUAGCAUGGCUAUUACAAGGAUUCAAAAUCAUGCAGUGAAUGAGUUGAUUGAUCCUUCACUCGGGUUCGACAAAGACUUCACCGUAAGGAAAAUGACAACAGCAGUGGCAGAAUUGGCCUUUCGGUGUUUGCAGCAGGACAAAGAUAUGAGGCCAUCCAUGGAUGAAGUGGUGGCUGCUCUGAAAGCAAUCAAGAAUGAAGCGUUUGUAAUACAAAGGGCAGAAGUUGUGGACAUUAGAUCUGAUGAUAUCGGGCUUUUGAAAAACUUGCCUCCCCCGCUUUCACCAGAUUCGGUUGGUAACGACAAAUAUGGUAGCAACUCUACAACACCAAAUUCCUAUUAAGAUUUCCAUCGGUAAUGCCUUUCUUUCUUUUAUUUUCUUUUUAAAAUUUCUCUGUGGGUGGGCUUCAAUCAGUAGUAGAUUGUAAAAGUAUUGUAUAUUAUAAUCACAGAUCAGAUGUCCUUUCACUAUAUUGGUCUAGAUAAGCUUCGUUGUCUUCUGGUUGUUAUUAAGUUUUGUUCACUAGUUGGUUGUGCAAAUGAAGUAGUGUAUAUAGUAAAUAUAGCUUCCAGAUAUUUCUUCUUGUAUUUGCUUUUUAUUCAUGCACGAGCUUUGGCAUUGGACAAUGUAUACGGAAUAAAUUUUAGGCUGAUUAGGAUUUUUGCA